AUGGCCAGAGAUGGGCUCAGAAAGAUGAAUCGGGGUUCAAGAACCUCACAAAUGGUAUCAGAGCAACAAGAAAUCGAAGCUGGAGCUGAUGAUUUCUUGAACGAUCAGGAAGAAGCUGAUGCUGAAGAAGUUACUACCGAUGAAAGAUUCACUAGAUUAGAGGAUGCAGUCAUGCAAAUCAGUUCCUCUCGUCAGCAACAGGAUGAUAACAUUCAGAAACUGUCAGCACAGAUGGGUGAAUUCUCUUCCAAAAUGGAAUUCAUGAUGCAGGAGAUCAAGAAUCUCAAGAACCCUGAUCAAAGAGUUCUGGGCACUGGAACAAGAGGGAAUAGGGAUAAUUCACUCUCAGCAGCUGGCGAAUCUAGCAAGAGUGGCCAUGGUACUGGAUACCUUCCUCCACAUCGAAGGGUUGCUGAAUUCAUGGGCGAAUUUCCACCUGUUUACAGCUUUGGUAAUUCCUCAACUCAAAGAAAUUCUUUCUUUAGCAAUCAAAAACUAGUCCAACCCAAGUCAUUACGAUUGGAUUUCCCCUCUUUCUCUGGAUCUGAGAAUGUUAUAGCUUGGCUAGAACAAACUGAGCAGAUCUUUGAAUAUUAUGAGAUUAAAGAGGAUGAAUGGGUUAAGGUCUGUUCUUUCUACUUAAGGGAUGAAGCUUUACAGUGGUAUAGGUGGCUCACUAAGAAUCUUGAAGAUUAUUAUUACUGGGCUGUUUUUAAGGAAGAAAUUAUAACAAGAUUUGGUCCUAGCGAACUCACGAGACCAUAUGAUGCCUUCUCAACCAUGAGACAGACUUCUACAGUCAGGGAGUACCUAGGAAAAUUUGAACAAGCGUUAGGAUUGUUAGAUGAUCAACCUUCUAAGAGACACAUUCUUGAGAGGUUUAUAGGGGGAUUGAAAGAUGAGUUGAGAUAUGAUGUUUCAGCAGCUAGACCAACUUCUUUAAAAGGAGCUGUAGCCUUGGCAAAAUUAUUUGAGGACAAACAAAAAAAUGAAAGGAAAAAUAAGGGUCACUGGAGUUUUUCAAACUCAGAGGGUUCUUCAAUGAACAAAUCACAGAAUCCUUCUCUUAAAUCUUCAGAUCCUCAAGCAGUCAAGCCCUUCCCCCAGUUUAAAAGAAUGACCUCUGAAGAGAUACAAAAAAAAAGAAGUCAAAACUUGUGUUUUACAUGUGAUGAAAAGUGGCACAGGGGUCAUCAGUGCAAAGGAAAACAGUUGUUUAUCUUAGAAGGAAUUAUGGGAAGUGAACUGGACAGAACUGAAGAGGCUUUUGGAGAGGAGGAAGAAGAAAAUUCUAAAGUCAUGGAGUUAGCUGAAAGCCUGGUCAGGGGGUCUCCCUCUAUUUCAGUACAAGCAUUGAAUGGAAUUACUGCCUCCCACACAAUUAGGGUGGUAGGAUAUUACAAAAAUCAGGCUAUUAACAUCUUAAUAGAUUCAGGAUCUACACACAAUUUCAUCAAUACCAAACUGGUUAAGAAGCUGGGUAUAACUGUGACAGAAUCAAGCAAUUUUGAGGUCCUGGUAGCUAGUGGUGAACUAAUUAAAGGAGGAGGAGUAUGUCCAGGAGUAUCUUUAGACUGCCAAGGGGUGAAUAUUCAGGUUGAUCUAUUGGUGAUGCCUAUGGGAGGAAGUCAAGUGGUCCUAGGAGCUGAUUGGAUGAGGACAUUGGAUGAUAUCACUCUGAACUUUAAUAAGUUACAGGUGACAUUUAUGACUGAAGGGGUUAAGAAGACCUUGCAAGGGGUACUUCCAGAUGAUUUGCAGUUGGUUGACAGUAAGCAAAUUGCAAAAACUCUCAGGGAACAAGAGCAGGGGUUCUUCAUCCAAUUGUGCAGUAUGGGUCUACAAAGUUGCACAACAGAAGGUACACAGGGGGACUUACCUACAGAAGUGCAAGAACUGAUUCAAGAAUUUGGAGAUGUAUUUCAAGAGCUACCACAUCUUCCACCUAGAAGAGACAUUGAUCACAGGAUUCCACUGGAAGAUGGCACCAAACCAAUCUGUAUCAGACCAUACAGGCAUGCACACUUUCUUAAAGAUGAAAUUGAGAAACAAGUGGAAGACAUGCUUAACAAAGGGAUCAUUAGACCCAGCAACAGCCCUUUCUCUUCUCCAGUUGUAAUGGUUAAAAAAUCUGAUGGGGGGUGGAGGAUGUGUAUUGAUUACAGAUCCCUUAAUCAAGCUACUAUCAAAGAUAAAUUUCCCAUACCUGUCAUAGAUGAGCUUUUGGAUGAAUUACAUGGGGCAAAAUUCUUUACCAAGCUGGAUUUAAAAUCUGGAUAUCAUCAAAUUAGAAUGCAUGCAGCUGAUAUUCCAAAAACUGCCUUUAGAACCCAUAGUGGACAUUUUGAAUUCCUGGUAAUGCCAUUUGGUCUCACUAAUGCUCCUUCUACCUUUCAGGCCCUUAUGAAUUCUAUCUUCAAAGAUCUACUCAGGAAAUCUAUCCUUGUUUUCUUUGAUGAUAUUUUGAUAUAUAGUGCAAAGUGGCAGGACCAUUUAUUUCAUCUAAAACAG